AUGACAGGGGCUGAUAUUACGGACUACUUUAAUUACGGGUUUAACGAGUAUACCUGGAAAGCCUAUUGUGCAAAGCAAAAACAAAUGAGAGAGGAUCAGCAUUCAAGGAAGAAAAUUCAUGUAUAUGAAUCUAAGCAAGAAAUGAAUAACUUGCCACCAGAACUACAAUCAAUAAGUCAAUCUCAAGCAGGACUAGAUCAUCCGAGUCCACAGCCAACAAUCAUGGAUGGCCAUCAGAAUGACGAUUAUGGAAUGGAAUCAGGUGGUUAUCCGCAAGAUUUUCAAGGUCCACCAAUGGGGAUGGGAAUGUUUCCGCCACCGGACAUGCAAAUGGGUCCCCACCCGCCAUUUUUCAUGGGAAAUCCGGACAUUCCACCAUCUGGCCCAAUGGGAUUUGAUCAUGCAUAUCGGGGUGGUCAAGGAAUGCGUAACAUGAAUAACAUGGGCAAUAUGAUUCGUCCCACGGGGAUGCCGGGAGGCAUGCCCGGUAUGGCGACCCGAAUGCCUCCCACAAUGCCAGGCGGCGGCAUGCCCACUGGUGGAAUGCCCGGAAUGCCUCGGGGAAUGCCUGGAGGAAUGGUUGGUAGAGGUCGUGGCAUGGCGAUGGACGAAAGGCCUUUCUUUUCUAUGGAUGAUCAAUCAUGGGAAAUAGAAAAUCGCAAUACACAACCGUAUCGUCCUGUAUUUCAAGGUCGACCACCAACUGGCCCGAUGCAUGGUGCCGGGGUGAAUCGAUCGGAUUAUAAUGAUUGGGAGCACUCUCCUCCACCAGAUGCUCCAUUUGCACACAGGUUACGACCACCCUUCAGGACCGGCGCGCCACCCACUGGACCUGCCGACCAUCGUGGACUUUCUGCAUCAGUAGAAAGUCCGAGUUCAGACCGAGGUGAAGAAGAAAGAUCCGGAGAUAAUCGGAGUGCAUCAGGGACAUUUUUUAUCGUUACGGUAUAUCUCAGUUGUAUAACAAUAUACUGCCUAUAUGGGAAAGAUAGAAAUAACGAACCAGACGAAUACAUGGAUCUCGAACUUAAGCGAUCAAAAUUGAAUAUAUUUCGCUUAUUCUUUUGGAGAUUACGUGCCGAAGAUGAUAACGAUAAUUACUCUUACGUGCCGUUGAGCUCCCUUGCGGUGGUGGACGAGGACGAUUUUAGCGAGGUCUGCGUAAAACCCGUGUUCUCGGAAAAACCGGAAGUGGAAGACAUCACCGCCGACUCAAAUUUUUAA